AGCUGUCCAGAAUAAAAUGUGAUAUAUGAUACAUGUGCUGCGCAUCAAAUAUGUUUUCUAACUCAGGGAUUACUCUUAAGUCAAGAGAUUUUAUAAUCGUAUGACUACAGAAUGGAAACCAAUGGAAAAUCCAAAUAUUACAUAACGGAUGAUCCGAAUCAAGUUGACUUCAAAGGAUCACAAAACGAUUUCAAUCUACCAUGGUGGAAUAGAAAGAGAACCCGCCUUGAAAUAAUCCUUAUUUUCAUAUGUCUUAUUUGCAUUGCUGUUACGACCAUACUAAUUGUAAUAGAAACAACAAGAGAGAGCGAUAAAAUAAAUCAACGAAAAGGAAAAGAGUCUGAACACGGAAUAUGUUUGACUGAAGAAUGUGUCAAAGCAUCUGCUCGACUUUUGAAGGGAAUGGAUCAGACUGUAGAUCCAUGUGACGAUUUCUUUGAGUAUGCUUGUGGAUCCUGGAAUAAGAUAAAUGUUAUACCUGAGGACAGAUCAGGGUACAAUACAUUUGCCAAAUUACGUGAUGACUUGCAAGUUAUUCUAAAAGAUUUACUUGAACAACCAACAUCAAGUAAAGAACCAGAGGCCACUCAAAAAGCCAAACAUCUCUAUAGGUCAUGUGUCAAUGAAUCAAUGAUUGAGGAGCGAGGACUUGGGCCGGUGAACAAGUUUCUUGAAGAACUCGGAGGAUGGCCAGUCACCUUUAAUACAAGUCAACAAUGGGACGAAUCUAAGUUCAAAUUUACAGAGCUUUUAGUGAAGCUGAAACUUUACAAUAACAAAAUAUUUGUUGAUCAGUGGGUGAGCGCAGACGAUAAAAACUCUGAUGUUAAUAUUAUACAGUUAGACCAACCGGAACUUGGAAUGCCAUCACGUGAUUAUUACUUGCGUGGCGUCGAAGAUGAGGAUGUUCAAAUUUAUGAAAAAUUUGCAAUUAAUGUUGCAAUGAUGUUUGGAGCAAAUGAGACUCAAGCAAGAAUAGACAUGAGGGAGAUGGUCGAGUUAGAGAUAGAAUUAGCCAAUAUAACUACACCCCAGGAACAGCGUAGAGAUGGGGAAGAGCUAUACAAUAGAAUGACAGUCAAAGAACUUCAUGAAAGAAUCCCUGGGUUUAACUGGCUGUUGUACCUCAAUCUGAUAUUUGAAAAAGUGAACAUCACAGUUCCUGAGACGGAGGAGAUAGUCGUUUAUGCUCCGGAGUAUCUAAGUAAAAUGGUGAAAACAGUCCAGAACGCAAAUAACAGGCUGCUGGCAAACUAUAUGAUUUGGCGAAUUAUGAUGAACCGAGUUACAAAUUUACCACAGAAAUACAGGAAUGUUCGCACAGAGUAUUACAAGAAAAUAUACGGAUCGGACACAGAGAGGUCGCGAUGGCGAGACUGUAUCAGCUAUGUAAAUGACAAUAUGGGUAACGCUGUCGGGCGUCUGUUUGUGAAGGAUCACUUCGACAAAGGAGCCAAAGAAGUGGCUUUAAAUAUGAUUCAUGACAUCAGGGCUGCCUUUUAUGAUUUAUUGGAGGAAGUGUCAUGGCUUGAUCAGAAAACUAGAAAAGUGGCUAAAGAAAAGGCCGAAGCCAUGGCAGAAAAAAUAGGAUACCCACCAUUUAUUCUCAACGAUACCGCAUUGGAUGAAAGCUACAAUGCAGUUACUUUCUCCUCUGACACUUAUUUCGAAAAUGUGUUGGAAAAUAUUCGGUCGAUAGCUUGGAGCAACUCUAAGAAACUGCGGGAGCCUGUUGAUAAAACUAAGUGGUCGACUACACCAGUAGUAGUGAAUGCAUUCUACAGCUCAACAAAAAAUCAAAUAAUGUUUCCUGCGGGAAUUCUUCAACCUCCAUUUUACAGUAAAGGUUACCCAAGAUCUUUAAAUUAUGGAGGUAUUGGCAUGGUAAUAGGACAUGAAAUAACACAUGGCUUUGAUGAUAGAGGGCGGCAGUUUGACAAAUUUGGGAAUCUGAAACAAUGGUGGGAUGAUGAAGUCAUAGCUAAAUUCAAGGAGAAGGCUCAGUGUAUAAUAGAGCAGUAUGGCAAUUAUACAGUGCCUGAGGUUGGAAUAAAUUUGAAUGGAGUUCAAACACAGGGAGAAAAUAUAGCAGAUAAUGGUGGGUUAAAAGAAGCCUAUAGGGCUUAUGAGAAAUGGAUACACAAGCAAGACCGAGAACCAGAUAGACUGCCAGGGUUAUCACACCUCAGCAACAAACAACUAUUCUUCUUGAACUUUGCUCAGGUAUGGUGUGGAACAAUGAGACCAAGAGCAGUAAUAAACAGAAUCCGAACAACCCUUCAUAGUCCCGGAAAAUUCAGGGUAAUUGGAACACUGCAGAGCAUGCAAGAAUUCGCAGAAGUUUUUAAUUGCCCUCCACAUUCUUAUAUGAAUCCAGUUAAGAAAUGUCGAGUAUGGUGAUGCUUGUUACCAAGUGUAGCUUUAGUGUACUAUUAUUUUGAUAUUGACGUUUGUUUUGGAUUAUUAUUUGCCAGGGUACAUAUAAUUAAAACAUAUAAAUUUAAGAUUCUUUUAAAGAGCUUGGUUAAUAUCUAGCGUUAUGCAUCGUUUCGAAAAUGGAACUAUAUUUUUGGCAUAAGUAGUAUAGUUAUAUCAGUUUCCAUUGAUGACUAUUCCUUUUUCGAUACUACAGGAGUCCCUGUAACCAACAUUUUAUGGACUAUUUUUAGUAAAUAAAAAAUAUGCGAUACCGUUAGAGGCAAAUUAAAUAGUCAUGUGUCUAACAAUAUUACAUUCAUUUUUAUUGACUGGAAAUGGUCCGUAAAAUAGAUUGGUUCGCAUACUCGUGUGUUCAAUUAGAAAGGAUAUGAAGUAAUGUAUAACUAGAUUGCAUUAUCUGUAAAUAUACAUAUAUGGAUGUUUAUUUGUGGUUUCCUACCUCUUUCAUCUUGCAUAUUUAUAUAAUUCUGAAAUGAAUCUAUGUGUACAUAAUUUAGAUUUUAGAUCUUAAAUAUGCAGAUACCAUAGCAUUUUAACACAAUCACUGUUUCAGUAUUGCAUUUCUCAUAUUUAAUUUAAUUCAAUGUACAUAAAUUAAAGGUCAUGUUA